AUGCCAGGUGUUAAAAAAUUAAGUGGGCUACAAAAAGAAGUUAUUCAUUUAUAUAGACAAUGGGUUAGGAUGGCUCAUACUAAACCAAUAGAUACUCAACCAAGAUUUAUGAAUUUUAUUCAUGAAGAAUUUGGCAAAUAUAGAGAUUUACCAAGAAAAGAUUUUACUACAAUAGAAUAUUUAUUACGUACAGGAUCAAGAAGAUUACAAAUGUAUUCUCAAGAUGACGUUAAAGAUAUUCAUUAA